AUGAACAGCCCUCCUAAAUUUUUUAAGGCAGAACAACUGACUCCCUCCUCGUCGCCAAUUUCAUUAAGUUUGGAUGAUUCAAGAAAUUUGGGACAUACUCCAAAUUUCGCAAAUUUACUAGCUUCUCCCACAAGGUUUAAACUUUCAGAUGCGAUGGCAAUCUCUGCAUUAUCAUCCACCUCUUCUUCCUCGUCUAAUAGCAAUAAUAAUAACGGUUAUGCACUAACUACCUCUUUGUCCAAACUGAAGACUUACAAGAAAAAUAUACAUCCUAUGGAACAAAAGAAUAAUGACUUUUCUUCGGUUCUAUUUAAAGAACAAAAUUUCCAAAAUAUUGGUAGUAAUGGCAAUAUUAGUUUCAAUAAUAAAAAUAACAGGAGUGCCAAGCCUAUGAUGUUUAAACAAGAGUUUGUAUCAAAUUAUUCUUCUCUACCAUUAUUGUCUACCCUUUUAAAAGUCAGUAAUUCUCUAAAGACAAACGGUAAUAAACAGAAAAAGGAAACUCUUAAUACUAAUGCUACUUCUAAGCCCGAUAGUAACAACAUAAAUUCUUUACUCGAUGAUAAUUUGCCAAAAUUGAGUAUUAAAGAGACUUUGGAAAGAAUUCAAAAACAUCAUCAAAACUUGAAUGUUUCUAAUAAUAAUGAUAAUGAUGAGACUAAUAAUGAUAGAUCUGAUUUUAAUAUUAAUAUUCCUACUACUGCUACAAAAAGACACUCUGAAAAUAGAAAUGCUAUAAAUAAUAAUACGGCUUCUGCAACUGCUUUUAUUCCUUCUUAUGAUAGUCAAAAUAAUGCUAUCAAAAAUAUUAAUUUGAAUAAUACAUAUGAUAUAAUAGAAUCCAAAGUUCAACCAACAGAAUGUUUACUUGCACCUCCUCUAGAAUUACAUGUAAUGCAAAAACCUGUUUCAAAUACCGUUACUAGUACCUCUACUUUUCCACAAAAACAAGAAUUAAUAAAUGAACAAACUGUACCCAAUCUACCCACGUUCAAUUCUGAUCAUGUGUUGUUAGACAAUGGUGUUAAUAUCCGCAAUCCUGCCAUAAAAUAUUUCAAUCAACCAAAUAAUAGAUACAGUUUGGUUUCUUCAACUUCUACAGAUUAUGAUAACUUUGAUUUUAUAGAGCAAAUGCCAUCAAUGGUAACAGCACAUCCUCUACCAGAUAUUAAUGAAUAUACAUCAAGGUUAGAAUCUAGUAAAUUGGACUUGAAAAUCAAACAGUUAGAGGUGGAGAUUAAUGAAUUGAAAUUACAAAAUAUUAAAUUGAUUAAUUCAAUUUCCACAAGCAAUGCCAAUCAACAUCAAAACAAUAAUUUGGUAGAUCAAAUGUCAUCCAAAAACACACAUGGAUAUGAUAUAGAUUUACAAGAUCAAUGGAUUGAUGGUAGUGAUGAAACAACUAGAUUAAAAAACAAAGUGAAAGAAUUGGAAAAGAAAAUUAGCAGCUACAAAAGGACGAUUUCUAAAUACCAACAAAAUAGCAAACUUCGUGCUCCUUCUAAAAGAAGACAAUUACAUAUCGGUAAUUCACAUCAUAGAAUUUCUAGACUCUCUCCAAUAGAAUUACAAAAAUAUGGAGAAACUACAGAUCCAUCUUCAUCUUUUUCUUCUAUCUGUUCUGAUGAUGAGAUAGAAGACACAAUAGAAGAGAAUGUUAUAUUUACAAGUGAUUCAAUACUUAAUCACCAACGUACUAGUAAAUAUAACAAAAAUAAUAGAGAUGGUGAAUAUGAGGCAGAUAUUGAGGAACAUCCAAUUCAACUUCCUAAAAGAAAAGGUUUUAAUUUACAUAUUCCUAUUGAGAAAUAA